CAUUUAGCCUUUCAGCGUACUUGGCACGUCGGUUGCGCAGAGUCGAGCCGCACUUCUCCUCCGUGCCUGCGCUUUGUGUUAUUGUUGUUGUUGCUUUUGGACGCUGGUUCCAUCGAUUCGUCUGAGAAGGGCACCGAGCAGGGAAGAUGAUGGCUCCAGAGCCGCUGAAAUCCGCGAUGACCACCAUCGGCGCCGACGACACGUCGCUCGCGCUGCCCUCCGACAACAAGCUGCGCUCGGGACAGCAGCGCGUGCUCGAUCAGGUGCACACCAUCAAGAGGAGCAAGUCCAAACACGGCAAGAGCGGCUCCCUGUCUCCUUCACCAACAAGCCUGAGCCCCAAGACUUUGACAACAUAUGAGUUUGGAACCUUCAAGUUCGCUCCAUCCAAAGCAAAUGGCACCUUAAGCCGCGUCAGCUCCACAAUGUCAGCAGGCUACAACAAAACGUUUAUUGGUCAGAAGAGUCGCACUCUAUCCAGUAGAACCACGGGAGGGAGACACACCAGCGCCUCAGGCAUGUGGGAAUCUCAAAUCAGCGCAUCCACCUGGCCCAAGAGUCCCAACGGGCUGAAACCCAGUCGCAGUGACCCCGCCUUGGCUGUUCCGUUUUCUCCUGCACCUGCACCUGCACCUAUUAUGAGAGCCAGAGGGCAGACUGUCCAAAGCCAGCAGAGCCUGCAGAGUCGAGUGAAUAGACACAGCGUCUAUUCUAUGACCAACGGCUCGCAGAUGACCAACAGCCAGACACGCUUCAUCCAGCCGCCCUCUAUCCAGUCUCAAACCGAUGGCAGGAUGGGUACCAUCAAAAUAUCCAAGUCAGAGCAGCAAUCAGCGGUGAACAGUGUGAUGACCAUGCCAGACCUGACCCUAAAGGAGGCUGUGGAGUACCUGUCUCACCCUGAAGAGAAUUACCAGCAGUGUGGAGCCACCUUCAUCCAGCACGCCACCUUUAAAGAGGAGCAUGCUAAACAGGAGGUGUUACAGCUAGGGGGUAUCCCCACUCUGGUGAGCCUGCUGCGGAGCCCCAACCCCGGGGUGAGCCAGGCUGCUGCUGGGGCUCUAAGGAACCUGGUGUUCAAGCACCAGGAGAACAAGCUGGAGGUUCAGCACUGUGGCGGUAUUGCGAAAGCACUGCAGCUACUAAAGGAGACAGAUUCUACCGAGACCCAGAAACAAAUCACUGGCCUGCUAUGGAACCUGUCCUCUGCCGAUGAGCUGAAGGGGGAGCUCAUAGCUACAGCACUGCCGGCCCUGACUGAGAAUGUGGUGGUGCCAUUCACCUGCUGGUCAGACAGCAGCGCCAACAACAACAUACACCCUGAUGUCUUCUACAGCGCCACAGGGUGCCUGAGGAACCUGAGCUGCGCCCAGCAGAAGGAGAGGCAGGCGAUGAGAGAUUGCCGCGGCCUCAUCGACUCCCUCAUGAGUUACGUCCAGUCCUGUGUGGCAGAGGAAAACCCUGACGACAAGUCUGUGGAGAACUGCGUAUGCAUCCUCCACAACUUGACCUACCAGCUGGAGACCGAGUACCCUGAGUGCUUCAGCAUGUUCCAGCCUAAGACAGAGGGCCAAAAUGGGAGGAAAAGCCCCACAAUUGGAUGUUUCAGCCCCAAGAGCAGCAAGGCUCAAAAGGAGUUUUCUUAUGACACUGCUCGAGGAAUGCUAGAGGACAGUGUCCCAUCCGGCGUGAAGUGGUUGUGCCACCCCACAGCUAUGCAGACCUACCUGUCUCUGCUGGGCUCGUCCCAGAAAGAUGCCACCCUAGAAGCCUCCUGUGGUGCCCUGCAGAACCUCACUGCCAGCAAGGGCCUGGGGUCCAGUGUCAUGAGCCAGAUUCUGGCUCAGAAGUUGGGGGCUCUGGCGCACAUGACCCCUCUUUUAAAGUCUCCUAACCGCAGCCUGCAGAAGACUGCCAUGUCCCUGCUGGGUAACAUGUCUCGGAGCAGCAGCUUGCAGACCUCCAUGGCAAAGCAGAUGUUGCCUGAGCUCACCGGCCUCCUCGCUAACCCCCGGGAGAUGGGAAACUCCGACGAGACUAUAGCGACAGCUUGCAGCACAGUGCGGACUCUGAUGUUGGCCGACACUGAGAUCAGCAAGAAGGUCAUGAGCACUGAACUGGUGUCAUCCCUGGCGGACCUGAGUGAGAAUGGGUCUUUCCCCAAAGGCAGCAAAGCAGCUUCCUUGCUGCUCUACAGCUUGUGGAACGACAAGAACUUGCAAGGUGUUGUGAAAAAGCUGGGGAUCAGCAAAUCGCUCCUUGUCAACGACAACACCACAGCGGCGCACAGGUCGAUGCAAGUUAUCGAGUGAGCGUGGUGGACGAGUGGAACGGCGCCGCAGAGCCUGAGAGAUGGAAACCAGCAUGUUUAGGCACUGAUGUGGCCCCACCCUUACAACCACCAGAGUAAAAUUACAUUCUUCACAUGAUAACCAAGUCGAGAGAUCCCAUCAAGACUCAGUCACAUACAUGAGUUGUACAUAUUUUAGAGAAAAGAGAGCUUUUAAUCUCAUGAAUAAUCCUGCGGUGGUGUAUGUAUUUAAUUUGGAUAUGUCUUUGUCUGUGUACAUAGAUGGGUGAGUGUGUUUUCGGGAGGUUAAGUGUGUGUGAAAUCCAGUUCUUACAGCCUGAGAGCCAGACAGUGUGGACAGACAGUGUUGCCUGCUGUGAAAGUGUCUGCAGUGGCUAAAAGCUGGACUACCUGUCACGGCCUUGAGGACUGAGCAGCCAAAAAUGAAAAUAAUGAGAAAAAUAUAUGAAAAGCUAAAAAGAAAACUUAAAAACUUUGUAUUUGUGAUACUGGUUCUAUCAGAUGAGAGUCUAAGAGCGUGCGCCGUAAGUACAAAGCAUGAUAAUAACACUUUUUUAAGUAUGUUUUUUACUUAGCUUUCUUGAAGUUAGUAUGUUAUGUUUCAUGUGCCCACAGUAUAUUAAGGAUUUAUGCAAAGGACUGAGCAAACUCUCAGUUUAAGUCAGACACUUGGAUUGUCAAGGUUUCCGCAUGUAUGCAAAGAAAUUCUGCAUUUCUCAUGUUUAAUGCAAUUUGCUGGAAUUUGUUGUUACACUGUUAUGUUAUCUGUUUCAUUCAGUGAUAUUUUGUAAAAAAAAAAAAAAAAAAAGAAGAAGAGAUGCACUUGUCUCACCGAGAGCUGAUGAGAGGAUUGAUCCUGCUCUCGUGUCUGUACGCUAAAUAUGAAGCUACAGUCAGAAGCUGGUUAGCUUAGCUUACCUUAGCACAAAGGCAGGAAACAGUCCGAAACAGCCAGCCUGGCUCAGUCCGGAGGCAACAGAAUCCACCUGCCUGCACCUCGAAAGCUCAAUAGUUAACAUGUUACGUAUUGUUUGUUUAACUGCUACAAAAACAGCAGUGUUAUGGCAUGUUGUGGUUUUACAAGGUUUAUAGGACCCGUAAACCCACAAUGUGUAGUGGAAAUCUGUCACCUUAGGACAGAGCCAGGCAUCGUGGUGCUAUUUGAAGCAUAUUUACUGGACAGAUAUGAGAGUGAUUCUGAUCCUGUCAUCCAACUCUUCUGAUAAGAAAGUGAAAAACUAUUCCAGCACUAAGAGCCUUGUUAUACUCUGCUGCUUCGCCAAAAACUGACCUAUUGAAAUUUACAAACUGUAUGUUACAUUUAGUUUUUUUGUUUGUUGCUUGUUUUUCAUUAUUGUUUUUUUUCUUGGAAAAGCCGAGGAUUUGGAUGGGAAUGUAGUACUCGACAUGUAACAGCAGCACUCAGCCGGUGUCCAUUCACUUUGAUUAACUAUGUAUAAAGUUUAAAUUGGAGUCGGUCAUCCCCCCCCCGUAAAGCUGCAGAAGUCCAGUUUGAAGUGGACCAAUAGUUGACAAAGAAUAACACAGUCAGUGUUAGCUGCUGGCUGCACGCUGAGAGUCUUUUAAGUGGUCUUUGACCCAAUUCAGCAGAACACACUGAGGAGAUAAAGAGGGGGCUGUGCCCUCGGACAUGCAGUGAUCUAAUGAAACGUGAUCUGCAUGUUCCACUAUAGGCGAGAGGAGCUGCACAUUCAAAUAUACAGUGUUUAAAUGUUUUUAUUUAAAACAGACAUGUAGUUCUUCACCUAAAACGUUUAUAUGUCAUGUUUUCUACUUUACCUAUAGAGUUGUAAGGGCUUGUUACAGGGCAUCUGCUGUCAUAACCAAACUACAGUCUUAAAAGUCAAAUUCUUUACGAUGACCAGAUCACGUGUUCUUGCGAAGAGCGUGAGAUGGUUGGCAUCAGUGGGGGGUUUCCCAUGGCUUCAGCUGCCUCGGGGAACAGUGAUGUCAGUGUUGCUUAGAGCGUAUUUUUGGAAAAAUGUGUGUGGCACAAAACUAGGAGCUUUCCCUGUCACUCAGUCUGUACCUAGAAUAAAUAGAAUAAAUAACAAA